GGCAAGAAAUGAUUUUCUAUCUAAAAACUGCGUUUAAUAAUGACUCUUGAGGUUUUGUUUUCCUGGCAGCUUCUUGAGUUCAGGGUUUGUUAGAGACAGUUAACUUGUUUUCUGCAUCGCCUCCGCUUCGCUUUCUUUCCUGUGCGUGCUCCUUCACACGUGUGUCUGCGUGCACCWACGCGUGUGUCCGUUUGUGUGUUCUCCACAGCACCAGACCCACCCACCUCACCUCACCAGCACCAGCAGGGCGUUYGUCCUGAGAAGUGGGAGCAGAGCAGGAGAGACGGUUGGGCUGACGAGGGUGGGUACGGCCACGCUACUGACCGGGACGAAAACAACGAAGAAAAAAAAGUGGGGAUAAGCAGAACCUAAAAACAAAAUAAAAGGGGGAAAAAAUCAAGCAGACGGAUCAAAGACACACUGAGAAGGAGCUGUUAGUUGGAGGAGUGCUGACAUUUACCAGAAGAUGAGCGCAUACACAGUGACUCUGAACGGCCCCGCUCCGUGGGGCUUCAGACUACAGGGGGGGAAGGACUUCAACAUGCCCCUCACCAUCUCCAGGAUAACCCCCGCCAGUAAGGCAUCAGGUGGGACCCUGGCCCAGGGCGACAUCAUCUCCGCCAUCGACGGGGUCAGCACCGAUGGGAUGACACACCUGGAGGCCCAGAACAAGAUCAAAGCCGCCAUCAACAAACUCACGCUCUCAAUGCAAAAAUCAAGGCGUCCCGCUCCAGUUCCCACAGCAACUCCAAGAAUGGAGUCGCCGAUGCCCAUCAUCCCACACCAGAAGGUUAUCGCCAACACAGCUGCAACCGUGGAGUACACCCCCAGUUUCAACCCCAUAGCUUUGAAAGACUCGGCCCUGUCCACCCACAAACCCAUUGAGGUGAGGGGUCCCGGAGGAAAGGCCACCAUUGUUCACGCCCAGUACAACACACCCAUCAGCAUGUACUCACAGGACGCCAUCAUGGACGCCAUCGCUGGACAGUCACAGGCCAAAGGGCACGACGGUGAGGAGGCCGGAUCUCCUUUGGCUGGAGUUCUGCCCAUCAAAGAGCCCGUGGUGGACUGUGCCUCUCCGGUGUACCAGGCAGUGAUCAGGCCAGGAGAGACGACCCAGGACAUGUCUGAGUGGGCCCGCCGUGCUGCCAACCUGCAGUCCAAAAGCUUCAGGAUCCUGGCUCACAUCACCGGCACUGAAUACCUGCAAGAUCCAGACGAGGAAGCGCUGCAGAAAUCAAGAGAGAAGUUUGAGUCYGAGGUCAAAGGGCCACGCUUCGCCAAGCUGAAGAACUGGCACCACGGAUUGUCCGCACAGAUCCUCAACGUCCAGGAAUAAGAAGAGGAGACGGAAACGCGAAGAGCAGAGGAGCGACAGAAGGGAGGAGGACAUGUAAACAAAACAAAACAAAACAAAGGAGGAAGUGGGGCUGAAUUGUGGAGAGAAAAACGAGCAAGAGGAGGAAACUCCUCAGGAAUGUGAGAUAUUAUUGUAGUCUAGAAGARUAGAAAUGAAUACUAAAUGUUAGUAUAAGACUGCUUUAUGUUUUUAUUGUCAAAUAUAUUUGUCUGCUGUUAAGAUCUGAUCUCACGUUGGCGUUCUUUUUUCGGGUUUGUUUCCUGAUUAUUUGAGCUUUUUGUUUCUUAAAUGAGAGGGAAAAAUGUA